CACGUGAGCCAUGACAUCAGUGCUGGCAUGGUUUCCGGAUUCUGCAACAAAUCGGAUAUUUUUUUGAAUAUGAUGGAGUGGCAAUCUUGUCCUGCUUCUUUCCCGUUUCAGUAUCGAUGGUGUUGCAAUGCUGCAAUAGCUGAUAUGCCGUCGUACCUCAGCAAUUUCAGAUAUGACAUAAUUUGAGGGUUUGUCACGUGCUAUGGCUAGAUAUAUAAAACCCCCGCAAAUGCCAAGCAUUACCGUGACAGCAAACCCCGAGGACUCCGAUAUAGGAAACGGGACUAACAGCCUCCUUUCGCGCCAUGCCGGAUGCCAUGCUGUGGUACUCUACUUCAGUAGAAACUGUAUCCACAAUUUAGGCCCCUCCCUAGCAACGCCCAGUAUCGAUAUAGACUCAGAAGACGAGCUAUACGUAUCGCAAAGCCAUCACGAUACUGAGCCAGAAUGGAAGCGAUGGAUGAAGGAGCCGACAGUUGGUAGGAACACAGAUAUUCUCAAAUAUUGGCAGAGUAAGCAAUUCCAAUAUCCGUUGAUUGCUUCUAUAGCAAAGGAUCACCUAGCUAUUCCAGCUACCUCAGCAGACUCGGAACGAGUAUUUAGUGUUGGCGGUGAUAUUAUCACAAAGAAACGGAACAGAUUAUCACCGUCUACACUUAGAUAUCUACUUUGCUUACGGAAUUGGGGUAUUAUAUCACAAGGCGACGACAAGGACAGCGGCGACGAUGCAGAUAAUGAGAGUUAGAAUAGUAAAUACAGUC